UAGCGCCUUAUCCAGCAACUGUAGUGUUGACAGUUGUGGUGGUCGUUUAAGAAUUUCUAACCCGAAAUCUUCACUUUACAUCUCUCUAUCUCUCAAUCUUCAUCACCAACAAGUGUUUGAGUAACCAUGGCAUCCACCACUCUAUCUCCUACAACCCCUUCUCAGCUAUGCUCCGGAAAGAGUGGGAUUUUCUGUCCCUCACAGGCACUUCUUGUGAAACCAAUGAAGAGGCAGAUGAUGGGGAAGAGCAAGGGAAUGAAAAUUGCUUGCCAGGCCACCAGCAUUCCUGCUGAUAGAGUCCCUGACAUGGGCAAAAGGCAGCUCCUGAAUCUCCUUCUUCUUGGUGCUAUUUCACUCCCAAGUGCUGGAAUGCUUAUUCCCUACACCUAUUUCUUCGUUCCUCCAGGUUCAGGUUCUUCAGCUGGAGGUACUGUGGCCAAGGAUGCCGUUGGAAAUGAUGUAAUCGCAGAGAAUUGGCUCAAGACACAUGGACCUGGUGACAGAACUCUUACACAAGGAUUGAAGGGAGAUCCUACCUAUCUUGUGGUGGAGAAAGACAGAACCCUUGCAACAUACGCAAUUAACGCGGUGUGCACUCAUCUCGGAUGUGUGGUGCCAUGGAAUACAGCUGAGAAAAAGUUCAUUUGCCCCUGUCAUGGAUCUCAGUACAAUGACCAAGGAAGAGUUGUGAGAGGACCUGCUCCCUUAGUAAGUAAAUUGGAAAACCAUCUUUUGAGAAAUUUGUGGCCUUUUUACUUAUAG